AUGUUGCGGUAUGGAGAUGAAUGGAGACUUCAUAGAAAGCUCUUCCAUCAGGCGCUGCGACCGGAAUCUGAUCUUCGAUAUCGAGAAGUCUACUUCACAGGAGCGCAACGACUUCUUGUCAACAUUUUGGAAGCACCAGCAGAUUUUGAUGCGCAUCUCAAGGAUUUCGUUGCCUCCAAUGUCAUGGCGGUAGCAUACGGCUACGAGGUGGGAAUGAGGGACGAUCCCAUUGUUAGGACGGUCAGAGAGCUUGUCGAUCUCCUUACGAAGGCACUUUCACCAGAGAGAACAGCAGCACUAGCCGCUUUUCCCUUCCUCCAGCAUUUCCCUGACUGGUUUCCCGGAGCUGGGUUCAAGCGCCAGGCAGCGUAUUCACGUCAGUUGGCGGCCCAAGUGCUUAACGAGCCAUUCAAUCUAACGAAAAAGGAUAUCGCGUCAGGCAAUGCUCCGCCAUCUAUAGUGGCAGACUGUUUAUCUCAAAUCGACGAAACAGUCGAUUACGAUACACAGGAAUUCGCCAUCAAAGCAGUCGCCGCAACAGCAUUCAUCGCUGGGUACGAAACAAGCUCCUCUUUGUUACAUUCGUUUAUUCUUGCCAUGCUUCUCUAUCCGGAGGUCCAAACGAAGGCGCAGGCAGAGAUAGAUCGGGUGAUUGGAACCGAAAAACUCCCCAGCUUUGAUGACAGGUUAUCUCUCCCCUAUAUUGACGCCGUCCUACACGAGCUGUUAAGGUGGAGCCCGGUCACACCACUAGGUAAAGCGUCCGUCUGGCCCGUUUAUCUGGAUACUAAAUUACUGUUCUUUCAGGAAUUCCACAUGCAACAAGCCACCGAUGACGUUUGCAAUGGUUACUACAUACCGAAAGGUGCAUUGGUGAUUAUUAAUGUAUGGGCAAUGAGCCGCAACAAGAUAAAGUUUGAUGAUAUGGAGGACUUCAAGCCCGAGAGGUUCAUGACUGAAGAUGGCAAACUCGUCAAUGAUCCAGCGACAACCAGCGAUCCAAUUUUCGGCCUCGGAAGGCGUAUAUGUCCUGGUCGGUUUGCAGCCGAAGCGUUUCUAUGGAUGGCGAUCGUUUCUAUCCUUUCCAUGUUUCGCAUAACGAAGGCGAAAGACGCAUAUGGUAAGGAGAUCCCGGUUGAGCGGAAGUUCACCUACCGGCAUCUCUGUGUAAGUGAUCCGGCCGUUCAAAAUCUUCUUUCAUUCUAA